CGCCCACACUUCUUCCUUUUACUUAGCGUUCAGUUUCUAAGGAAGGAGCGUUUUCUUCUUCUGAGGAAUCGGAAGGAAAACAUUCAGAAUUCUAUGAUGACUUAUUAUCGAAUGGCGGAAAAAUAUUUCGCAACAAAAUUAUAAAUCACUUCGACAUUUUGUCGGAUGUAAAGAGGGAAGGUAAAAGAGAGGAUAAAUGGGAAAAAUGGACGUCAAGUAUUUUAGAUAAAACUGGUCAGUUAUACUUCAUGUCUGAGAAUCCACACUGCCCUAUUAAACUACAAAAAUACGAGGCCAGUAAAGAAGAAUAUAAAGACAGGGAAGAAGAGAAUGACUCAAUGAGAAAUCUCAGGAGACGAAUUAACAGAGUUCGAGUUCGGCAGGCGGAUAAUCCACCUAUUGACAUAUGGGCUAAUUGGGUUGUGUCUAGCUUCUUUUUCAAAAAUCUUAUACUCUCUCUUAUUAUUGUAAAUGUUAUAGUCUUAGGAAUUCAAGCCGAAAUAGGUGAAGUUCCGGGAGAAAAUCUGCAUCUUUUGAAAAUAGUUCUGGCCCUGCUAGACUACUGCGCUCUGUUUGUUUUUAUACUAGAAAUUGGUCUAAAAUGGAUAGACGACUUUUGGGAAUUUUGGGUCAGCGGGUGGAAUAUCUUUGACUUUCUUGUAACCCUCCUCAGCGUUCUCCCAGAUGUGAUUGGCAUGAUGCGGGUGUUAGGAAAUAAUCCACAAGUGACAGGGGAUUUCGGAUCAGUUGGCCAAUAUUUUAGAGUUUUUCGAAUAGUUAGAGCGUUAAAAAUGGUUAUUCAUUUCAAGCAAAUGAGACUAAUAGCUUUAGCUAUAACUAAAGCCUUUAGAGCUUUACUAUUUAUAACUGUCUUGUUAUUUAUAUUCGCGUAUAUAUUUGCUAUUGUUGGAGUCAUGUUCUUCGAUAAAUUCUCCCAUUCUGAUACGCAUGACCUGGAAUAUAGAGAAGCCUUCUCUUCUAUGUUAAAUGCUUUAUUAACGCUGUGGCAGAUUUUUACAUUAGAUCAAUGGCUAAAAAUAUAUAAUGAUAUUCAAAAGGUUACUGUUGAAAAAACUACAAAUUGGCUAUGGAGCGCAUACAUAAUCUUUUGGAUAUUGAUUGGUAGUUUCGUAUUUCAAAACAUAUUUGCUGGAAUUAUGGUAAAUAACUUUCAAAUAAUCAGGACUGAGCUAUAUCAAGAAGCCAAAAAACGCAUAGAAUUAGAAAAGGCCGAACUAAACCUUGAGAAAUUAGGAGUUGAGCUUCAUGAAUACAAUAGAAGACAAUCGAAAGACAAAGCAAAUAUUAAUGAAGAAGAUCAAACAAAGCAGGAUCCAACUAAUUCCUUUUUAAAUGAGCAAAGAAACAAAAAUAUUAGAAGAAGCCGUCAUUCAAUUGAAAGAAAGUCAUCGUCUCCGGAGCUAGAUAUACAAGAGAAAAUUGAGAAAAAUUUACAUAAUCUCAUUUUGGAUAAUACAAUGUACUGUUGGCCAGAAGAUACUUUCUUCAGGUAUUUACAAGCAAUGGAGUCUCUUCAAGAGAAUUUGCAUGAACGGCAAACCAUAAUUGAAAUGAUAAAUCAGUCUUUAUUGAAUAUGCUAGACAAUACCGCACUAAAGCCUAUGAAAACUAAGGAAAAUUUGUUAAGCUCUCUUCUUAAGCCUUAAUAAACUUUUCUUCAAUUGUACUUCAUUACAUUAACGUUUUAUUAUACUAAAUACAUUUGAUACAUAGAGCAAAAUGUAGCUUUUUUUUAGAUAUAACGCAAAUAAGUAAUAAGUCGGGUUUAUCUAGAAAAAAGGCUUUUAAGUGCAUUUACACCGAUUAUAAUAGCUUCAUAAAAGAUAGACGUGUAUGUCACAAUAGUAACUGUGCAAAGACUUUAGAUCUUUCUUUCCGCCCUUCCCUGUCACUCUCUCUCUCUCUCCUUAAAUUAUUACAGAAUAAAGAACAUACAGAAAAUAGCAAACUUUACUUACUACAUAAAACUUUUCAUGAAGAAAUACAAU